CGCCUUAGAAGCAGCACGUGACCAUCCUACACAUUAACGACCAGGAGCCGGAGCAAAGCUCUUAGCUAUCAACUCUCCGAAAUUCACAAAAUUCAGUUAGCAAAAUUCAUGGGUUAGAUCUCCGAAAUCUCCAAAUCUUGAUCGGUUGAUCGAAGAUGGCGGAGAAGAGCUUUAAUCUCCUCCACACUAUCGAGCGCAGGAGGGAUUCCUAUGGAUUUGCUUUGAGACCUCAACACGUACAAAGAUAUAGAGAGUACGUUAGUAUCUAUAAGGAGGAGGAACAGGAAAGAUCAGAGAAAUGGAGGAUCUUCCUUGAACAUCAAACAGAAUCUGAUCAAUUUUGCUCAUCUGAAGAGGAAUCUGGAGAGAUAUUGCGGGCUGCUAAAUUGGGAGUACAGACCAUUUCAGAAAGAGGCCAAGAGGGGGAUUAUUCUAGUGGGAAGAAAUCUGAUUUUGAUGGCUCAGAAGAAUGUGAUCCUCAACAGGUGGUGCAACUUUCAGACGAAACUGAGAAAGAGGAGCAAUUUUCAGAGGAACAACAGAAGGAACAGUCUUCGGAAGAGCUUGGAAAGGAGGUGCAGCUUUCCAAAGAACUCAAAAAGGAGGACCAGAUUUCAAAGGAACCUGAACUAGUGGUGCAGCAUUUGGAAGAACCAGAAAAAGAGGUGCAACUUUCAAAAGAACCUAAAGAGGAGGAGCUGCUCCUAAAACAAUCAAAGGCCGCUAAAGUUCAAACCUGGUCUAGGAUUAGACUCUCCCUCCAUGCCCUCGAGAAAAUGAUGAGUUCACGUGUUAAGAACAUAAAGAAUAUGAAAGACAAUCAGAUCACUGCAGGCAGAGGUCAUCUUCUAUCAACGAGAGAGGCAGAACUUGCAGGAGAAGCCAAGGACGUUGAGGAGGAUGUCUGUGUUAAGGACACUUCUGAUGGAAAAGUCAAGACAUCCAUACAAGAAAAUACAGCAGACAAUGAGACUCCAGAGAUGUUCUUUUCUUGGAAGGAAGAACUUGAGUUCCUUGUUCAUGGGGGAGUGCCGAAGGAUCUCAGAGGAGAGGUAUGGCAAGCCUUUGUUGGGGUAAAGGCACGUCGAGUGGAGAAGUAUUAUGAGGAGUUGCUGGCUGAAGAAAGUAAGGCUGAUGAAAGCAAGGACCAUAGUAACUCAAAUGAUGUACCCAGGAAAUGGAAAAGGCAAAUUGAGAAGGAUAUACCACGAACCUUCCCGGGUCAUCCUGCAUUGGAUGAGCAUGGCAGGGAUUCCUUGAGGCGUUUACUUUUAGCCUAUGCGCGGCAUAAUCCCUCUGUUGGGUAUUGUCAGGCGAUGAAUUUCUUUGCUGGAUUAUUGCUACUUCUGAUGCCUGAGGAAAAUGCCUUUUGGACUUUGGUGGGCAUUAUUGAUGACUAUUUUGACGGCUACUAUACGGAAGAAAUGAUAGAAUCUCAGGUGGACCAACUUGUUUUUGAGGAGUUGAUGAGAGAAAGAUUUCCAAAAUUGGUUAAUCAUCUGGAUUACUUGGGAGUGCAGGUGGCAUGGAUAUCUGGACCUUGGUUUCUUUCCAUCUUUGUCAAUAUGAUUCCUUGGGAAAGUGUUAUCCGAGUUUGGGAUGUUCUUCUGUUUGAAGGAAAUCGUGUGAUGCUGUUUCGAACUGCACUUGCUUUGAUGGAAUUAUAUGGUCCAGCCUUAGUAACAACUAAAGAUGCUGGGGAUGCAAUUACUUUGUUGCAAUCCCUUGCGGGGUCAACAUUUGAUAGCAGCCAGCUUGUUUUUACUGCUUGCAUGGGGUUUUUGGCUGUAAAUGAGGCUAGACUACAAGAGUUGAGAGAAAAGCAUAGACCAGCUGUACUACUAGUGGUAGAGGAAAGAUCGAAAAAGGGUAGAGUUUGGAAGGAUUCAAAGGGGCUUGCAUCUAAGCUGUACAGUUUUAAGCAUGACCGUGGACAAGUAACAAAAGAAAAAAAGAAUGGUGAAGGAGGCAAGUCUAACUUGGAGCAUCCCUCCUCUAAUCUGGAUGCUUUGCUUGGUGAUCUAAAUGUUGUAACUGAAGCAGAUUCACUACCUGAUCUUCAAGAACAGGUGGUUUGGCUGAAGGUUGAAUUGUGCAGGUUGCUGGAGGAGAAAAGAUCUUCCAUACUCAGAUCUGAGGAACUGGAGACAGCAUUGAUGGAAAUGGUAAAAGAAGAUAAUCGACGGCAAUUGAGUGCAAAGAUUGAGCUAUUGGAGCAAGAGGUGGCUGAUCUGCGGCAAGCCCUUUCUGAUAAGAAAGAACAGGAAGCUGCAAUGCUUCAGGUUCUGAUGCGGGUAGAGCAAGAACAGAGGAUAACUGAAGAAGCUCGUGUAAGUGCUGAGCAAGAUGCAACUGCUCAAAGAUAUGCAGCAACUAUACUUCAGGAAAAAUAUGAGAAGGCUAUGGCUUCACUUUCUCAGAUGGAACAAAGGGUGGUUAUGGCAGAAUCAAUGUUGGAGGCUACCAUAAAUUAUGAAUCUGGGCAAGCUAAAGCACUGUCUUCUCCACGAUUAGGGCACAGUCAAAGCUCCACAGCAGAAAGCCCCGGAAGAAGGAUGGGUCUAUUAAAAUUUGGCCUUGGAUGGCGUGACAAAAUUAAGGGGAAACCAAAUGACGAGUCCGCCGACAUUAUGUCCAGUAAUGGGGGAAAAGAUCCAAGCCCUUUGCUGAAAGAAAGCUAAGACCAAGAGAAGAUGUAGGGGAGAAUUUUCAGAAUGCCUCUAAGAUGGCACUUUUUGCCCAAGAACUCGCCAAGUUCUCUUUGUAAUUAUGCAUACAUUCAGGGUAGGAGAAAGGAAGCCAUAUAUUUGUAUCAAUUUCAGUUCGAAGUAAUUAAAGCAAUUUUUGGUCCCCCUUCUCUUCCCUUUUUUCAUCAUCAUCUUCUUCCAGAGAACAUAUUGUAGAGUAUGAUUUAUAACAUUUUUUAGUACAUGAGGUUCUUUUUUAUUUCA